AUGAUGCCCGGGAUUUUCCUCGCUCUUCCAAAGCUCUGUCUGCUGGUUAGCUUGACAGCAGUGAAUGGAUUUGGAUCGUGGUGUCAGGCAGGUAUUGGAAGCUGUGUUGGGCAGCGCCACAUGUUUCGAAAACGAGACAUGUCUGGAGACAUCAAAGGUGGAAAAUUUGACGGAACCAUUCGGUUUGCGGAUUGGGACGGUGAUGGUGACACCGAUGUCCUUGUUGGAGAUGGAGGCUCGAUCUGGUUCCACGAACGACUUUCGGACGAUGCUAUCCGCAAACAUGAGUUGGUGCAGCUUCAUGCCAGAGAGGGGCAAUUGCUGAGUCGCUUUGAAGUGGCUGACUGGGAUGGUGACAAGAAUUUGGACUUGUUGCUCUGCACCAUGGUUGGAGAUUUGCUGACGGUGAGCUUGCUGAAUCAAUCCUUCCUCUUCCCAAUCAAAAACAUCUCUGAGUUUCCUGAAGUGAUUCUGGUGACCCAUGGACCUUCGUGUGACAUGUUGGCCAGAGAUUUUGAUGAGGACGGUGAUGUGGAUCUGAUUCUUGGCCAUGAUAGAUGGGAACCGGCAUAUUCAAGGUACUUUGAGCGUAUUUCUUCUUCCAAUGUGGUGGAGCGCAUGGAGGAUGAAAAUCCAUUAAACAUGUUCAACGGCACAGUGCAACUGAUUGAUGAUGUAGAUGGUGAUGGGCGUUUGGAAGUUGUUUCGGGUCGGAAAAGGGCAGCCGAAAAUGUACUUGGACCACAUAGUCUGACGAACGAACUUUACGUCUUCCAGCGUGCUGCUGAUGGUAGCCUCGUGGAGACGCAAGAAAAUCCAUUGAGAUCCUUUCCAAGUCCACAGGUUCCGGAUUCUGAUGGAGGUUGGAUUCUACGUGAGGAAGUGCAUGUGACUGACUGGAAUUCAGAUGGGCUGCCAGAUGUCUUGCAGGUCUGGUUGGUAUUUGGAGACUUUGGAGGAUGGUUCCUGUCUAGUCACUAUUCUCAGCAUGUUCUGUUUUUAGACAUGCGGCCCCAUUCGCACGCCUACGACGACAUUGAAGUAGGCUUCAGAGGCCAGGAAAUUAGUGUAGACUGGGACGGGGAUGGCUUCGAAGAUCUCGUGGUUCUGCGUGAAUCGAUUGAGGGCCAGGUCGAGUUGAAGCUGCUGUCCAACGCCUGCAAGGUUCUUGGACUCCCGAGGUUCACCGCUUGGGUGCAAUCUGAACGCAUUGAUUCUCAGCUUGCCAGGGCACAAGGAAUCCAUGCGACUGAGGAACUCAUUGACAAACUUAGGUCCUUUGCACGUUCUGCAAGUGGUGAUCAGGUGGCUGUGCUCUGUGGGGGCAUUACCACUGAUGCUCAUAUUGAGGGACCCCUGAGCGCAGCUGUGCUGCGCUCCUUUUCUGGCCGCUACACCGCCUCCGGGUGCCAGUGUGCGGCUUCAGCUUCAACCACGGCUGCCAUAGGCAAGAAUGUCGCCUCCUCCAUCGUGGUUCUUGCGGGGAGCAUCGUGUUUGCUAGCACAAAUGGCGACAUCACAUUUGCGACAUCUUUGCAGGCCUCUCCCUGGCGCUUUGGCUAUGGAAAGGUUUUGCAAAAAACAGAGGGUCAAAGCAGCAAACACAAGAAUUCGGCGCUUUGCACAGCGCUGUUGGAGCAAAAGAAAAGAAGAGAAAGAAAGGAGCAGCAGGUCAAUCUGGCCGACAUGCUGCAACAAACCUUAAACCAAUGGAUGCAAACACAGAGGGCACCCAAAAGACAGAAGGGUCCCGAUGACACCAUGCACCAAAAUGCUUCUUUACUUUCUUUGCUUGAAAGUACUCUAGCAGAUUGCCGUGCCCGUUGCGAUGAUGACAUGGAAGUUGCACAAGCGGUGCAACAAGCCCUCAAUGGUCAUCAGAAACAGCAGCAAACGUUCUAUCCAAGCAGCGCUCCUCCAAAGUCUUCCAAAGCUGACUCAGCUUGGUGGAACCAGACUGGGAAUUACACUGAGAAAAGAAAGCCAUGGAGUUACGCCAGCAAUGAGUGGUGGUGGGAGGAAGCAGAAGCAGAUGUCUCAGCCCACCAACAAUGGCAAAAUGACUAUGUCUAUCACCGUGACUGGUAUCAGCAGACAGCCACACAAUCGAAAGUCUAUCCAAGUAUCACAGAACUGAGAAUUUCCGAGUGGACCAUGAAACCUGUUCUGAUCCAUUUGCAGACGCUCAAACAAAAUCUCACGACUGGUGACACGAUCGUGGGAAACAUUAUGCAUAUCAACACCAAGGCACAGCUGGAAGAGUUGCAGAGCUUGAUAGAUGCUCAUGCAUUAAAUGGCAGUAUGACUCUGAUCCUCACUGAUGAGGCCAAAGACACACCUGGUGCUUAUCACACGCGUGUAACGGCCAAAAAGAAGAACCAAGUUAGCCGCCAACUUGAUGUUUCGCUGAUGGACGCAAUCACAGGUUCCCGGGGACCAUGGACGUUGCCUCCAGUUGAAAUCAUACAAACACAAGUCACAGCCAUAAAGAGGGUUGCAGUGCGGCUGACAGCUGCUUCGCACUUCCGUGCCUACCUUCACAGCAGUGGCUACAAGGACACUCCAAACUCCGUGCUAGCAAGCGUUGCUAGCUUGCACCCUGACAUCAAGGUCAGUCAGAUAUCUGGUGGAAAGUGGUGGUCUGAGACCAUUCAGAGCAAAGUAUUCUUGAACACAGUAAUCCAGCUUCCCGUUGCUACUGCUGACCAGCUAGUGGCCCGAAGCGGAGAAGAAGGCGUCUUCGCAUGCAAGCUUGGCGUGCAACAUAAUGACCAAAAAAUCUUUUGGUUCCCCAGAGAAGGAAAGGAAAGUGAUGAAGCAUACCACCGUCGCCUUUUCACCAUUGCGCAGUCGCGCAAAGAGGGGUUAAAGCUCAGGAAAGGUGGAUCCAAUGACUUGGGCCUCUUUGCAUCGCCGCAAGACACAGCGGCCUUUGCCAGCAACUUCAGCCCUCGCAAACAAUGGCGAGAUGACCAGCCCGUGCCAGGGCCUCCAAGAACAUUACGCGCACAAACACGCGCUGAUGAUGCCCCAGCGCGAAAGCGUAGUCUUAGCCCUGCAGCAUCGGACAUGAUUGAUGCAACCCAAAUUGAUCCAGCCACUCCGGAAGUGCCAUCCCCGCCAAAAGCAGUGUCUGAAUUGGAAGCCUUACUUCACGCAGGGUGGAAGAGACAUGAGUGCGGGGGCGAAGGAGACUGUGGAUACUUAGUUGUUUCGCAAGGGCUGGAACUCAAUAAAAAUGGGCAGUUUCUGGAUGCCGAAACUGCGCAACGAAACGCAUCCAAUCUUCGUGCAAGUGUGUUUCAACAUAUUCGCAAACCUCAACACUUGGCUCGAUACAGUCAGUUCUUUGCAAGCGAUCCUGCCUCAGGAGAAAAAAUUGAUUCAUUUGAAGCAUGGAUUCAAGCCACCUCCAAGAAAGGUGCUUGGAUUGAUGGUAUGCAGAUUCAGGCAAUUUGUGAAAAGACAGGAACUGUUCUGAUCCUGUGGAGUUGUGAUGUCCAGAAGGAUGGCACGGAAGUCUGGCAACGUUACACCCAUGCUCCACGAUUUUCAAAGGGUAUCGCAUGCCAAGCCAAAGGUUGCCAACCAAUCGCAGUGACGCUCCAAAGCGGGCAUUACCAGUUGCUAAUCCCACCAACUGGCACCAAAUUUCCAGAAAGGUGGUUGCGUGAGACUGAUAUCCCGCCUUCUCAGAAACUAGCCGGUGCUGGCACGAACACUCCAGGGUCCACAAACCCUCGCAACAAAAAGGCAGAUUCUGAUGUCAAGCCAGUCUUGAAGCACAAAGACCUCACGUGUCAUGGGCCGCGUCGCAAAAAACACUUAAAUCAGGUUCACGGAAUCCAAUAUUCUGACAUGCCGCCUGACCCUCCGGGUGCUCCUGGUGAGGGAGUCCAAACCAAGCGGGAAGAAAGGUCCAAGCGGUGCCAAGCUUGGUUGCUGUUGGCAAAGAAGCGCGGGUGGGCAGGCAUGCAUGAGCUCACACCUGUCAACAUAGGCUGGCGCCGAUGGAAGUGUCAAGCCUGCGAUGAAUCCUUCACCCAUUGGAAUCGGGGCGUGCAAACAUUGUGUUCUGCCAGCAAUGCCGCUGGUGGCUCCAAGUUGCCCAGCAUUGCCAAACGAUUGCAACUCGCCAAUCAGUGGUGGGCUCAAACUCUGGAAUCGAUUGCAAAGGAGAGAGCGGAGUUGCUGCGAGACUUAGCAAAGUCGCUGAUGGUGUUCGUGCAACACGUCGAGGGCACCGUACUUCCAACCGAGGGGGCGUCGCUAUCUGCUGCCGUGAGUCGACCUGAACGGCCACUGGGCUCAGCGCCCAGGGUUCAAACCAGCACUCAUGCUAUGGGCCCUUUGCAGCCCCUUGCUGAGCGGAAGCUCCGUCGCUGGAUUCGGCGUUUGCAAGAAGCUCGGAAGUUCAGUCACCUCGGGUACCAACUCAACCCGGGUUUGCAGAAAAAACUUGAAUCCACCAGGGAUGUGCCUGCUCCUGAAAAGCAGGCGGUCCGUCAAGCAGCUUUCGGUCUGGCAGAACGUUUAGCUCACGGCAGGUUCGCCCAGAUCCUUCAGACAUGUGAAAACAUUGGCCGUUGGCCCACGCAGGUGCGCCCCACUGCCUACCGCAUUUGGGCAGCCAUCAGACUUCAGCACUGCAAAUCUUUUGUGGAGGGUCUUCCGUGUCAAGAUCAGGCUGGGCGCAAUGGGUUAGCAGCGCAGGAUUUGUUACUCACCAUGGAAAACAAGUACCAAGCUCAGGAUUGGCCAUAUGCCAUGGCAUUAGACCUGCAGAAAGCUUUCGAUACCACCGACUGGACCGUGACUGAGGAGGAACAGAAACGUUCUGAUAAAGUGGCACAGGUCGCUCGUCGAAUAGCGCUCCUGCCCACAGCUAAGGCUUUCAGGAACUCGGUUGCAGUCAGCGUCUUGGCGCCCACUGCCUCCUGGGGAGCUCUUUUCAAUGGUCGGUGUCCGACAAAACAGGAAUGCCAGGCCUAUGCUCAGACCUGGCGAUGUGCAGUUCAAGGUUUUGAUCAUCCAGGGGGCCACGACUCUCGUGACCUCACAGCUGUAAUGGCUAUGGGCCACUGUUCUGACCUUUUGUUUCUAAGUACCCAACGGUUUAUGACGGCUCUUCAUAAGUGGGCGCUUCGUCCAAAUCAGAUCGCCAUCAAUUCAGCUCCUAUCAAAGCGUUGCAGGCUGCUGUCCAACGCCUGCAAGGUUCUUGGACUCCCGAGGAACUCAUUGACAAACUUAGGUCCUUUGCACGUUCUGCAAGUGGUGAUCAGGUGGCUGUGCUCUGUGGGGGCAUUACCACUGAUGCUCAUAUUGAGGGCCUCCGAGAAUUUUGUCCGGACUGCCCGGAUGAAAAGAUUGCGCCUUGGCAGGGCCCCCUGUGUGGGGGGCACCGUCCUGUAAGGACCCCUGAGCGCAGCUGUGCUGCGCUCCUUUUCUGGCCGCUACACCGCCUCCGGGUGCCAGUGUGCGGCUUCAGCUUCAACACGGCUGCCAUAGUAGACUGGGACAGAGACGGUGAUUUGGACCUCAUCAUCUUAUCUGAAUCAGAUCGCAAGGUGCACUACCAUGAGAUGGUUUCUGGGAACCUUCAAAAAGAAGAGCCGCAGCAUCCGUUCAAAAACAUCACCAUCCCACCAGAGGUCCUUGAAAGAUUUGAUUUCUCAUUCUUUGGAUUUUUCCAUCCCAUUGCGGUGGACUGGGAUAACGACGGCGAUAUGGACUUGUUUUUGGGAUCUCCAGAUGGGCGUUAUUUUGAGCAGGUGGCAGACGGCAUUCUACGCGAGUGGCCACGCGAGCAAAGCCCAGUUGGCAACUUGACAGAAGUCUUGACCGGUAAUUUUCGGACCAAGUGGGCGUUCGUAGACUGCGAUGCAGAUGGUGACUAUGACCUGUUGAAAAUGUAUUCACAACCAAUGGUUGCUUCAGACCAGGCCGUCCGGGCUUGUGAACAGGAUGGCACACACAUCCUACGUUGUGACAGCGCUUUUCUAUGUUUAGGAACAAACCUUAGCAAAUUCGGCUUGUCAGGGAGUGCUGGAUUCAGAUUUCAGUUGAGCAACGUGGCUGAUGGCCGACUCAGAUUCAUUACUUACAAUGCUAGAAAGAACAAGGCAGAGCUGUGGAGUGCAGGCUCUUGUGUUCCAGCUGACCCAUGCCACUCGAAGGGCUUGUGUUUGCCCAGGCAAGCGCAUUGCACUUGCAUUGCAGGCCAUGAGCUGGCUGACUGUUCGGGCUGCGAAGCAAGUUAUUUCAGCGUGCAAGGAAAGGUGGGGCAGAUGCAUGACUGCAAAGCAUGUCCAGGUGACGAUGGCAAGGUUUGCUACGGUCGCGGAAGCUGCUUUGAUGAUGUGGCAGGGAAGGCGCUUGCUCGGGAAUCUACGGCUCGCCUCAUUGCAAAAGGCAAUGGCUCAUGCAGCUGCAAUGAUGUCCACUUCUAUGGAAGCGACGAUGAAGGUCGAAGCACCUGCAUGGAUGGAGUUUGCCCAGCUGGUACCGAAGAGAAUGAUGGAAGUUGCACUCCUUGCGCUGCUGGGACCUUCUCGGCAGAAGGCAGCAUCACAUGCCAAUCGUGCGCAGCAGGCACCUACGCAGGGGAGGCCAGCACAGAAUGCAGCCCGUGUCCUUCAGGGACCAUUUCAAAUCAAGCCAGUGGAAGCUGUAGCCCAUGCGAUGCUGGCCGUUUUGCCAAAGCAUCUCUUACAUGUGAGUCCUGUCCGGGGGGCACCUUUUCCAUUGCUGGAAGCAGCAAGUGCCAGAGCUGCGUCACAGGAAAGUUCUCCUUGACGGGAAGUAGCAACUGUUCUGAUUGCCUUCCGGGAACAGUCUCUUCCCCAGGCUCUUGGGCCUGCGAUGUCUGUCCUGGUGGGACCUUUGCUGCUGCAGGAAGUGGUGUGUGUGACGCCUGUCCUGUGGGCCAAGUAUCGGGCCCGAAGAGUGCUGCCUGCAAGAGCUGUGAAAGCAUCUUCAUCCGCUCGACUCCUGAUGAUGCGAAACAGAGCUGCCAAGUUCUUGCGAUGGAUGUCGUUUUUGCCGUGAUCUUCUGGAGUGCAUGCUCUUGCUUGUGUUUUCUGCUUUUGGUUGGUGUCUCAGGACGCAUCCCCAUCUCAGAUGUGUCUGCACAAGGUAAAAAAGUUGUGGUGACGACUUCCAUGGCCCACUUUCUCCGGAAAAGGGCAUGCCCGAAGGUGACUUUCGCAGGAACCGGCGUACCUGACUUGGAGGCAUCUGGGAAGAGCUGGACAAUCAAAGCCUUGACUUUGUACCAAUUGACUCUGCACGGCGAUGAGAGCACCAUGCCACUGGACACGUCAACAGGACAUUUGUACCUGAAGUUCCCACAGACUUUCUUGUCCACAGGUAUGUGGCACUGUCCUCUCAUUUGGUGGUGCUUAUUCUUUCUUGCAGCCAGUGCAGGGGCUGCAAGCAAGCUCACUUGGCCACUAACUUUGCUGCUCUGUGGUCUGGGUCUUUGUGCGGGCUCCGUGGCUUUUGCAAUGCGGCGCAGGCAAAGUGAAGCAACGCCAUUGGUGAAAAGGCGGCGGCAAUUCCUCAAGGAGUGGCCUCUGGCCCUUGAACGAUGUAGCCGCGGACCUGAUCGCUCUAUCACAGCUGGGAAACUUCACGAUUUCCUGCAGUUCUUCGAGACCUUCAUCAAGGAGCGCUCCAUGUACUACGUUUGUUCCAACAUCGUGAAGCCGCUGACCGAGCCCUUUCAGCUUUCAUUCGUGGAAUUGGUGGGUCCGACGAGUAUCCAGUGGUUUGUUAGUCACUACUGGGGCAUGCCAGUUCGUCAUUUCAGCGAUGCCAUCCGCAAACAUGCCCAGUGCUUGGACGGAGAUUGGGAAGAUUCAUCAUAUUGGAUCUGUACCUUUAGCAACAGCCAAUGGCACGUGAAGGAAGAACUUGGGCUUGGACAAUGGCAAAACUCAUCUUUCUACUUGGCUCUUAGAUCUCCAGAGUGCCAAGGCACCACAAUGAUCAUUGAUGAGUCGGUCUUUCCCCUGCAGAGGAUUUGGUGCUUGUUCGAGGUCUACCAAACCAUUUCCUUGUCACGGAGUGAACAUUUUCAUGGACUGCUCCUUUGUACAUCCACUGGUGUGUUGCAGCAGGGCAACGCUGGUACUGAUGUCGCUGUGGCGGUCGCCAAAACAGUUGCAGAACUGGAUACCCGCAGUGCCAAAGCAACUGACGAAGAAGAUCGGCUGAUGAUUCAUUCACUCAUUGAGAAUAUGCCAGGAGGCUUUGAUACGAUGAACAGCUUCGUGCGGGAUACGAUUUGCAGUGCUUUGGAGGCUUCCCAUCUUCACUACGAGAGCACUUUCAAGACCUUGGUGAAGAAUUUGACUUCAAGAGACUCCUCAUCUCGAUCCACCCAAUCUCCCAGAUCUGCCCCUUUGCCGACACUUCUCACCAGCGCAGUGCAGGAGCCAGAGACUAAGGUGGACACCAACUAGCCCGGCCCUUGUUGAUCUCAAUGUUGAGCUCAAAUGUCAUGCAAUGAGAAAUUUUUCGAAGCAUAGAUAAUUAGAUCAAUUAGAUAUCCAUAGGACUUUGCCUAGCCACUGUGCUUCCAAUCCUUUUUGGUGCAAGCUAAUGCAGGCCUGCGCUUCCAAUCCUGUUUUAAUGCAAGCAACUUGUACAGCAAAUUUGAUUUUCUUUCGACCAGGUCCCAGAUCCUGUGCAUUUCGUGCUGCCUGCAGGAAAAUCGUUCUUGCAAGUCUGAGGCUGCACAAGGCUGCCUGCAGCCAAACACAUCAAACACCCGCUUGCCCCAUAGAAA